CUUUUUUGAAGAGACAUAAUAUUGGCUAAUUUAGGUAUUAGAAAGCAGUUUUUAAUCUCUUUUGUUUAUGUUUGAGAUUUCAUUACUUAAGGUAAAGUGAGAUACAUGUUCAGAUUUUUGAAUAAUUUAUUUUGAGUAUUGUAUAAAAGGUGAUUAAGAUAAAAAGUCAUUGGACCCAAAUAAAGUAUAGUUUUAUUUAUAUAAAUUUAUUUGUUUUCUUAUUCAUUUAUUGGCUGUUUUGGGUCCUCAAUGCUGUGCGCAGGCUUCUCUAGUUGCAGCUUUCUCUAAUUGUGGAGAGCAGGGGCCUACUCUUCGUUGUGGUGCAUGGGCUUCUCAUUGCGGUUGCUUCUCUUGUUGCGGAGCACAGGCUCUAGGCAUGUAGGCUUCAGUAGUUGUGGCACACAGGCUUAGUUGCCCCGUGGCAUGUGGGAUCUUCCCGGACCAGGGCUCGAACCUGUGUCCCCUGCAUUGGCAGCCAGAUUCUUAACCAUUGCGCCACCAGGGAAGCCCUAUAACUGCUGCUUUAAAUGCAUGUAUUAGCUGGGUGAAAUUUGGGUGAAAUGUGAAGUCUGUAGCUUUUGAGAUUUAAAUAUUGAACUGACUGUAGGACUGUCCUGUUGUCUUAAGUCUGGAUAAGAUUUAGACAAGAGCAUGCUAGUCCCAAUGGGGCAUUCAGCUUUGGUUGUGCUUUCUUGUGCUCAGGGUCAUUUCUUUCUGUACCCCUUCUUGGCCUUCACCAUGCUGUAACUUUAGAGGAUUUCCAUUUCUGUGUGCCAUGCCUGGAGCUGUGGUUAGUGUAUAAAAGAUAUGUUCAGGAUUCUGUAAAUUGAUAAGUUCAGAGUGUUCUGGGGGAGUGUUACAUGGCACAGGGGGCAAAGUAAGAAACAUGGUCAGAGAAAUAGUUAAAAGAUCUCACUUCAUUUAACCAAGUUUGUUGUUCUCUCUAUUGAGUACUUUUCAGAGUAGAAUGUCGUGUUAAAAUAGUUAAAUAACUUAAAUGAAACCUAGAGCCAUGAAGGAUCUAGUUAUUUUGAUUCCCUCCCCACCCUUCCUCUUCUUUAUUUCUAUUUUUUUUAAAGAUUUAUUUAUUAUUUUAUUUAUUUAUUUAUUUAUCUUUGGCUGCAUUGGGUCUUCGUUGCUGUGUGCGGGCUUUCUCUAGUUGCAGCCAGCGGGGCCUACUCUUCGUUACAAUGCAUGGGCUUCUCAGUGCAGUGGCUUCUCCUGUUGCAGAGCACAGGCUCUAGGCACGUGGGCUUCAGUAGUUGUGGUGCAUGGGCUCAAUAGUUGUGGCUCACGGGCUUAGCUGCUGCAUGGCAUGUGGGAUCUUCCUGGACCAGGUCUCGAACCUGUGUCCCCUGCAUUGGCAGGUGCAUUCUUAAACCACUGUGCCACCACGGAAGUCCCCUUCCUCUUCUUUAAAAUGGAUCAAGUAGGCUGACUGUAGUGAUCAUUCUCCUUUUCACUGAAAGUAUGACCUCUCCCUGGGUCUCUAGCAAUCUCAAGAGUUGCUACGGAUGCUCCUAUGCACUGGCGAGUGCUUGGCAUGGCUUAACUACACUCAUCUCAUUACAGAGGGCAUUUGGCCACUAUCCUGUCCUAAUAGGGUGAUAAAAGCACCCAUGUGUUUAUUAAAAAGGAUUUAUGUGGUAAUAAAGUGUAAGAUGGGACACCAGUUAUAGAUUAAAAGGCAAAAACAUGUAUUCCUACAGUGAUCAUUUGGUAAAUAGGACUUUUUAAGAAUUUUUAUUUAUUUUUUUGGUUGUGUUGGGUCUUGGUUGCAGCAGGUAUGCUCCUUAGUUGCGGCUCACGGGCUCCUUAGUUGUGGCAUGUGAACUCUUAGUUGUGGCAUGAGUGUGGGAUCUAGUUUCCUGACCAGGGAUCGAUCCCAGGCCCCCUGCAAUAGGAGCAUGGAGUCUUAACCACUGUGCUACCAGGGAAGUCCCAGUUAAUGAGAUUUUAAUGUUGUGUUUCUCAUACUAAAAUACUGGAUCAGUGUUAUUUUUUUUUAAAUUUAUUUAAAAUUUUAUUUACUUAUUUAUUGGCUGCAUUGGGUCUUUGUUGCUGUGUGUGGGCUUUCUCUAGUUGCAGUGAGCGGGGGCUGUUCUUUGUUGCGGUGCGUGGGCUUCUCAGUGCGAUGGCCUCUCUUGUUGUGGAGCAUGGGCUCUAGGCGUGCAGGCUUCAGUAGUUGUGGCUUGUGGGCUCUAGAGCACAGACUCAGUAGUUGUGGUGCAUGGGCUUAGUUGCUCUGUGGCAUGUGGGAUCUUCCCAGACAAGGGAUUGAACCCGUGUCUCCUGAAUUGGCAGGCGGAUUUUUAACCACUGCGCCACCAGGGAUGUCCCAGUGUUAUUGUUAACAACUGAUUUACUUGAUUAUUGAGGAGUAUACAGAAGCAUAGUGUUUCAUAAUCUAGAGUCUGGUGAAGCCUGUGGGCCCCUUCUUUUUUUUAAACAAAUUAAUUAAUUAAUUAAUUAAUUUAUUGGCUGCAUUGGGUCUUCAUUGCUGUGCUCAGGCUUUCUCUAGUUGUGGAGGGGGGCACUACUCUUUGUUGCGGUGUGCAGGCUUCUCAUUGCAGUGGCUUCUCUUUGCUGAGCACAGGCUCUAGGCACGCGGGCUUCAGUAGUUGUGGCUUGUGGGCUCUGUUGUUGUGGCUCACGGGCUCUAGAGCACAGGCUCAGUAGUUGUGGCAUUCAGGCUUAGUUGCUCUGUGGCAUGUGGGAUCUUCCUGGACCAGGGCUCAAACCCUGUGUUCCCUGCAUUGGCAGGCGGAUUCUUAACCACUGCACCACCAGGGGAGCCCCUGGGUCCCUUCUUAAUAUACUUUUUUUUAAAUGUGUAAAAUACGUUUUCUGUCUCCGGCCGCCGCUGCGAGAGCUGCCGCCAUGUCCGCGCAUCUGCAGUGGAUGGUGGUGAGGAACUGCUCCAGCUUCUUGAUCAAGAGGAACAAGCAGACGUACAGCACCGAACCCAAUAACCUGAAGGCCCGCAACUCCUUCCGCUACAAUGGGCUCAUCCACCGCAAGACUGUGGGCGUGGAGCCGGCGGCAGACGGCAAAGGCGUCGUGGUGGUGAUGAAGCGGAGAUCCGGCCAGCGAAAGCCGGCCACGUCCUAUGUGCGGACCACCAUCAACAAGAAUGCCCGGGCCACCCUCAGCAGCAUCCGGCACAUGAUCCGGAAGAACAAGUACCGCCCGGAUUUGCGCAUGGCCGCCAUUCGCAGAGCCAGCGCCAUCCUGCGCAGCCAGAAGCCUGUGAUGGUGAAGAGGAAGCGGACCCGCCCCUCCAAGAGCUCCUGAGUGAUCUGUCCCUUCCCCAAAUCAAUAAAGCUGUCAACCUCCAAAAAAAAAAAAAAAAA